GUCAAUAUAAUUUGAUGAUAUGUUAGUAUUGUCAUAUCAGGUUCUUGCAAAUUUUGUGCUACAAAAAUGAAAUUCUUCCUUUGCUUUGUCGUACUCGCUACGGUUGUUUUUGUAACUGUCUCCGCUACUGAUGGACGAUCCGGUUGUCGUGAUCCCAUCGAGGUAGGAGAGACCUAUCCACAUCAUUUCGAUCACGCUAAAUAUUGGUACUGCGAAACACUUGAUGUACCAGCAACAGAAAUGCAAUGUCCUCACGGAUUGGCUUACAUGCAUUUGUUGAAGGAGUGCAUUCCCUGGGAUAACUGGGUUUGGAAACAACCAGAAAAUCCACCUACAUUGGCUUAAGUAACAACUGUAUAGAUGUGAAGGCAUAUAAUAAAUCAUUUAAAUUAAAACUAUA